UUAUAUACAUACACACAGAUAAAUACAUACAUGCAAAGCCCUAAUCAGAAAUUCAGAAUGCAACUACAAAACCCUUGAAUUUAUCCACCGGAAGUUUUCGCUCUCGAAUUUGAACAAUUUCAAGCUACAGAAAUAAUAUCCACAACCAAUUGCAGCAAACUCCAUCGCUGCAUUCCGUCGAGGUGGGGAUUGUAGCCAAAUCCGGAAGAUGAAUGCUUUGACUGCAACGACGACGUUUUGUCCAAGCUCGUUUCAGCUCAAAUUGGCACUCGGUAGCCGGAAAUAUCCAUCGACGUUUGUGUACACUCGCUCCCUGAAGGUCGGUCGGCGCAGUGUUAAUUUUGUGCCGGUGGUGGUCCGGAGUAGUGCGGUCAACGGCAAGGGAUUGGAAAAGCGUAGUUCUGGGAAUUCGUCAUGGUCUAAUUUGAAUUCUUCGGCUGAUGAUUUCUCGGGUUGGUCCAAUGCUGAUUCCGAACCGAACUCUGGCGAUCCCAAACCUAAGCAAUCGCUUAUAGGGAUACUUGGAGCAGGAGCUGUCGGGAUUGUUCUGGUUGCUGGCCUAACUUUUGCGGCGCUGUCUAUAAGUAAUAGGGGCAAAUCAAGAGUUAAAGAACUCGAGCCGUUAACAACAGAACAAGAAAAGUCAUUGUCCUCCGAUAACAACCAGAAUCAAGUUGAAGAGGAGAAAAAUGGUGAUAAGGAUGAGAAGCUGGAGAACGGCAGUGAAGAAAGCCAGACAGGUACAAAAGGGAAUCCGUCUCUGUAUAAUGAAAGUAGUGAAGCUAUUGAAACUAGAAUUAAUGAUGAUUCUGAUUUGCGGCAUUCAUCUGUGGAUGGUGAUGGCUCCACUUCGGAAGCUACUCAAAGAGAAUCAGCUGAUAGUAACAGUUUGGUUUCUUCUGAAGCCACUGAAAAACCACCUGUGUCUGAUAUUACCGGUGGUUCCCUAGCUUCUGAAAACCCCAGUGAACCAGGCGAAGAGACUGGUGCCAUAAUUUUGGAACCAUCUGUAUUUGAUGCUAAUAUAGAAAAUUUAGUCACUGAUCAUCCGAAUGGAGUGUCUAGCUUGGAAGCAUGGGAAGAUUCCAACUUGUUACUGAACCCUUCUUCUGUUGAGAAUUCAAAUUUAAAUACCUCAGUCGCAGCAGAGUUGGAAGCAGUUAGUGGAUCAAGCAUUAUCCAAGAAGAAAUUUUGGAGUCCGGAAGUGUGCUUUCAACUAGGGAUGAUGAGGGAACCGUAGAGAUUUUAAACAUGGAUGUUGACCUAAGCAAAGUGUUGGAGGUUUCUGUAUCAACUGGAGCACCACCAUUACCAGAAGAAGCCUAUCAAUCACGAAAUGAACACCUUGAAAAAGAUUACAAUGACAUCAAAGUUAGCCAAUCCUUUUUUGACUCUACAAAUCCUGGAAAGUAUUUCACUUCAGCUGGCAUACCUGCUCCAUCUGUCGUCUCUGCAGCUCUGCAGGCUCCUCCAGGAAAGGUUUUGGUUCCUGCAGUUAUUGAUCAACUUCAGAGUCAAGCAUUAUCUGCUUUGCAAGUUUUAAAGGUGAUUGAGGAGGAUGUUCAACCUGGAGAUUUAUGCACUCGUCGUGAAUAUGCUCGUUGGUUGGUCUUAGCCAGCAGUGCUCUGUCCAGGAACACAACUUCAAAAGUCUAUCCUGCUAUGUACAUUGAAAAUAUUUCUGAACUUGCAUUUGAUGACAUUACACCUGAAGAUCCUGAUUUCCCAUCCAUUCAAGGCUUGGCAGAAGCUGGACUAAUUGCCAGCAAGCUUUCAAGGAGUGACAUGCAGUCAUAUGACAAUGAAGACUCGAGUCCUAUAUACUUCUCUCCUGAAAGCCCUUUGUCUCGUCAGGAUCUGGUGAGUUGGAAGAUGGCCCUAGAGAAAAGGCAGCUACCAGUAGUUGAUGGAAAGAUCCUGCAGCAGGUAUCUGGUUUCAUAGAUAUUGAAAAGAUCGACCCAGGUGCAUGGCCUGCACUUGUAGCUGACUUAGAAGCUGGAGAUCAGGGUAUUAUAACCCUAGCAUUUGGAUAUACAAGACUUUUCCAGCCAGAAAAACCUGUGACAAAGGCACAGGCUGCCAUUGCACUUUCAACUGGUGAUUCUUCUGUCAUAGUUAGUGAGGAACUUGCGAGAAUUGAGGCUGAAUCUAUGGCAGAAAAGGCUGUUUCUGCACACAGUGCUCUCGUUGCUCAAGUUGAGAAGGAUCUCAAUGCAAGUUACGAGAAGGAUCUUUUCCUGGAAAGGGAAAAGAUAAAUGCUGUUGAGAAAUUGGCUGAAGAAGCAAGACGAGAAGUGGAGAAACUGAGGGCUGAGAGGGAGGAGGAAAGUCUUUCAUUAAUGAAGGAACGUGCUGCUGUUGACUCUAAAAUGGAGGUUUUCUCUAAGUUAAGACGGGAGAUGGAGGAACAAUUGCAGACCCUUAUGACUGAUAAAUUGGAGAUAUCAUAUGAGAAGGAAAGGAUGAACAAACUCCGGAGAGAUGCAGAAACUGAGAAUCAGGAAAUAACACGCUUACAAUAUGAACUUGAAGUUGAGAGAAAAGCCCUGUCCAUGGCCAGGUCAUGGGCUGAAGACGAGGCAAAAAGGGCAAGGGAGCAAGCAAAGGCCCUGGACGAGGCUAGAGACCGUUGGGAGAGACAAGGCUUAAAAGUUGUGGUCGACAGUGACCUUCGUGAGGAGGAAGCUGAAGCUGAAGCCACAUGGCUCUCUGCUGGGCAGAAAUUCUCAGUCGAAGAGACCAUCGAGAGGUCCGAGAGCUUAGUGGACAAACUCAAGAAAAUGGCAGAUGAAGUGAGAGGGAAAUGCAAAGUUACAAUCACCAAAAUCAUUGAGAGGAUAGUCGUGUUCGUAACGAGCUUGAAGGAAAAAACGGGAGAGCUAAAAGAUGUGGCCAAAUUGAAGCUGGACAAGUCUGUACAAGGCUUUCAGCAUAAAUCUGCUGAAUUAACUUCGUCUGUUAAGGAAGGUGUUAAACGAGCUGCUGGAGAUUGGAAAGAAGGGGUUGAGAGAUUGUCGCAGAAGUUCAAGACAUGAUUUAGCCCCCCCACCCUCCAUUUUUGCUUUAUAAACUUAUUUUUCCAUUUUGCAUAACGGAGCAUAAGAAGAUGAAUUAAAACAUUCUGAUAGCACGAAUAAUGUUUUUAUCAACAAGUAAUUUCUGUCGAGUAAAUUAAUAUCUAUCGAGAAAAUUGUAGAAACGGAAACACCUUUGAUGUAUAAUGGUUGUCUAUUGUGCCCAAUAACGCAGGGUUAUCACUUGCAAUUUUUGAAUUGAAGUUACUUAUUCA